UUUUUGACGUACUUCAUACCAUUAGUCGAGCUGUCAGAAUUACUUGGAUUGGAUUCAUUAUGUCCAGAUGAUGAGUUGCGACUCAUUAAUGAAAACACCGAACGGAAGGAUAAUAGUGGAUAUUAACAUAAUAGGAAAAAGAUUAUUACUUAGUUGGUUAUAUAGGUACCAAGGUAUUUAAUGAUAUUUAAUAAAUUUCUUGUAUAAUACCUAGUUACAAUUUUAAACUAUUUAUUAUAAAUAGCUAUUUAGAUAAUUCAAUCAAAAUUAAGGAAAAUUGAAAAGUUUUGAAUGAACAGGUGGGUACCUAUUGAAUACAUUUUUUUGUUUUAUUUCUAGGUACAAAUAAUAAAACUUUUUAUUUGAAUAGCUCAAAAUGAAAAGUUAAUUGAUAUAGUUGUUUAAAAUAACGAAAAUAUAUAGGUAAUCUAAUAGAACAUAAGCACACGAUAAGAUAAGUAGGGAAAUUAACAGAAAUACGUUUAAACAUAAUUUUUACAAGGAAUAACAAAGAGUAGCAAACGAAUAGUAAGCUGAACGCGGCUCGGCAAAACAGUCUGUUACAUAUUGGUGAACUAACCUACUAGUUACUACCUAAAAAAUAUUACUAAAAACAUGAAUGCGGGUGAAGCAGGUGUGUUGUCUAAUAGUUGAACAAGAAACGUAUGGCAUGAUCAAGAUAGGUAAUCUUUGAAAGGGUUGAACUCUGUGCACAUGAGAUGGAAUUAUAACAGCUACCCGAACGCAAUCGCGAGCGUAAACCACUAAGAGUGUCGCGGCGACCGAACAACGACCGACUUCAUUUCGACGAACGGCACCCGUUAGUACGCGCCGGUCGGAGGCAUGAUGUACAUCGGUACAUCACGUCACUCAAUCAUUUUACGGUAACCCGGCGGAAACGAUUUGCGAUCAGCUCGACGGAACGGAUGACUUAACAUUCUAUACGUACACACUCUUAACAGAAUAGGUAUGUUUUUUUUAUACGAUAAUAUUUUUAAACUGUAAUUAUAAGAGAAAAAAAACAUCUCAGCCAUUCCAGAUUUCCAAGAAAAUACAUACUUAUUGAACUGACGAACGUGUCACUUUUUACUUUUAUUUAGUAAUUUAUUUCUUUAUUACACAACACCAAAUAAAUGAAAAACACUGAAUCAAUUCGAAUAACGCAUUCACAAUUCCGUCGGGAUUAGAUUGCUGUCCCGAUUGAUCUUUUUCCACAUUGAGAGACACUCGGACACAGAUAAUAAUAAUUUACAUAACAGUAGUAUUGUAUUGUAUUAACUACUAAAAUAACAAGAAUAAUAAUAAAAAAAAAAAAAUAAAAAAAACCUCGACCUCAGUCAUAACACACAGAGUAUACCUUAGUUAGACAGGCUGCAGGUUGUCAAAUGAGAGCAACGUACUUAACAAUGUUGCCAAUAGCCAUUAUCAGCUGAAGGAAGUAUUAUGAUCACGGUAUAGAUAUAUUAUUAUAAUAAAUUAAUAAAAUAUAAUAAUAUUAUAAAAGGAUUAUACCCACAGAUAUAUAAUACAUACGUUCAAUUGAUAUAUAUAUAUGUGGAUCACAGGUAAAAAUUAAAAUAAGAAUUUUCGUUUCUGAUAUGCUUAUUGAUAGAACACAAAUAUAGAUAAUAUAGGCAUAGAUUAAAUGUGCAUAUUUAAUUUGUGAUAUAGUUUAUUAUCUAUAUCUGUGCUCUGUGAUUAUUUAUGAAUUUCUGAUUAUCUAUGCUUCUACAACUUCAAUCUUAGUUCUUAGUCCACGAUUCAUUUAUAAUUUGUAGAAAUUAAACAAUGAGAAUACCUACAUUGACGUGCAUAUUUUGGUCUAUUAACCAUUCAGUCCUAUAACUCUUAAUUUAUGUUGCUGAGUGCGGGGUCGGUUCUUGACAAACACUAAGUUGAAAAUAAAUAUUCUUUUGAACAUUAAUGUUGGCUAACAAUAAAUUAUGACAAAAUAAUAAGCAGUAAUUAAUUCGUGUUAAUAGGUAUUUUUGCAACCAAGGGGAGGACGCGAUUCACCCAUCACCAUUUACCACUACCCCGGAUCCGACUGUGUAAUCCUGGCUGUCCCACCGAAAUAUAUAUAUAAGAUAGACUAUAUGCGGAUCUAUAAAUUAAUAUUUACUUAUUCGAUUAUAAACCAACAAUACCAAUUAUUACUUCAAAGAUCUAUAGAUUGAUCUAUAAAAUCUCGCGUCUUACUAUUUCGUGAUUGAGAUUAUAUUAUACUAUCCAAGAGAGUGGGUAUCUAACUCAAGGUUGCCGGGGUCCAGAUCAACGAAAUGCUUUUAAAAGUAGACAAAGUUUAGCAGUCGAUUAUUCACUAUUGUGCUAACAACAAUAUAUUAUAUUUAUGUUGGGUGAAAUCAGUAAUUUGAAUGAAAAAAAAUGAUGAGUAUGUCUAGUAUGUACAUUUAAUCAAUAUUGAACCCCUCUUACCCGACAUUUGUUUAAUAAGUACCUAUCUAAAUCUUUAAUAAACACUACCUACAACUCAAGGUUCGAUCACAGACCAUCUACGAUUUAUGAACCGUGAUUACAAUAAUCUAUCACAUUGAGUUUUGACACUUAAUAAUAUUUGUAUUACUACACUAUUUUCCCUAGUCAUUAGGUAGGUACUUAUAGUAAUUAUAACAACAAUAUUAUUAUCCAAUAGCUGACCCUCACAGCUCUGCCGGUGCUCAGUAUAAAACAAAAAAUAAAUAAAUAAAAACUUAUCUCACCGUUGAAACAAUUAAUUAUAUAAUAAAAAUAUUUUUCUUGUGCCGUUAAUGAUUACACGAAAAUUAUUUGUGGGGCUUAACAAUUUAAAAUGACUUCACGAAAACAACUUUUGAUAUCAAAUGAAAAUGCGAUUUUUCUUUUUAUAACCAUCUCGUAAAUUUGUUUUUUUUAUGAAUUUUAGUGAUUGUAGAACAAAUUUCCAUGCAAAAUUCUUUGUCUAAGAGUGAUUUAAAGUAAUUAAAAACUGCAUAGCACAACGUUCGUUUUAUGCGCACGAGUGUACUAGGUACACUACAAUAAAAUGUCAAAUACCUACUUAAUACGUAAAGUAUGUUUGCAUAGGUAAUUUGUAUUUAAAUCAAUUUUUUUUUUGUCGGUAAACCAAUUAACGUUUGAUUAUCAAUUAAUAUCUCACGCGCUUGCGUUUUCAUUCAAAUAUUUACUGUCAUAACUAAAGCAAAGGCUAACAGAACAGACUUGGGGCUUUAUAGUUUAGAAUAAGACAAGUAGAUCCUAUAGACACACAUGUGUUAUUUUAAAAUCAUAUUAUUGUCGCUAAGUUAUUGAACACCUAAAACUUAAACAGUAUUUUGUACAUUUUUGAUAAAAAUGAAUAUUAUUUAAAACGUUUUAAUGUCUUAAGACAAUUUUAUUUUUGGAGUGCUAUAAACCAAAGGGGUACGCCUCUAGGGAGGCGUGAACAUUUUCAAAAACCCCACGGAACAUAUACACAUUUAUACAUAUGUAUUCCAUUUGUAUAAUGGUGAGGGGGGCAUAAUCUAAUGUAACAGUUUAAAAGGGUGCCUGGAUCCCGAAAGGUUUAGAAACCUUGUUAUAGAGCAAAGUUUCUACACUACAUGGUCAAUAGUAGGUAUAGACUGUAGCGUAGGUAAUAGGUAUUAUUAGAAAUUAAUAAAUAAAAUAGCCUCUACCAUUGCCUAGCCUUACGUACGUGUCUCACUAGCCUAUAUUAUAUUAAUCUGAGCCUGAAUGUAGAUAAUAAUAAGUCAUGUGGUUCUUCCUAGAUAAAUAUAGUUAUCCGCCUAUAGAAAUACAUACAACAUACCUAAAAGUACAUAAUCUGUAUUGAACAUUAUUUCGGCGAAGUGUCUAAGUGUCUUAAACGCAUACAGGGCCGUGAAAAAAAAGGGCACCAAGGAUAAACCAAUUCCCCCUAAUAUUAAUUAUUAAACUUUUAAUUAACAACAAGCAUCGUCCUAAAAAUGUGUAUAACCUAAAAUAAAGUUUAAGGUUGAGGUAUAAGAUAUUCAAAAGCAAAAAUCAUAUUGUUACCAACACAUAUUAUAAUAUAUGGUACAAAUAGUAAACAUUAUAUAUUUUUAACAUAACAAUUUUAAUAUAAUGUAUAGUUAUUGAUUUUUGAAAGUAAAAUAUUAUGAAAUUAAACUACAAUAAUUUUUAAGUAAAUGUAAAAAAUUAGGUAAAAUGUAGAACCCGGUUGCAUUGGUCGAGCAGUGGCCCUAAGGCUCCAGCUCCAGUAGCCCUCAUUCUCUAGUCGGGCCUGGACCCACAUUAUAUUUAUAAAUACUUACAUAUUAUCUACAUACUUUAUUAAGAACAUUUUUUUUCUAAGCGCUUAGAUAAAUGUUCGUUACUUACUUCAUAAUAUUAAUGAAUAGGUAAAGUUUAAAAUUUUUACCAAUAAUAAAUUUAAAAUUACAUCCCAGUAAAAAAUUAUGUAUACGUGUACCUAGUGAUUUUCCUAUAAAAAAUAACCAAUCAUAAGUCAUGACCACUUUCUAACUUCUUAUUAUGUCACUAAAACCGAAAAAUAGUAAAAAUUGUAUUUAUUUCAGUAAUUAUUAUAACUGAGAAUUUCAUAUUUUUUUACGAUACAAAGUAUUUUAUUUUAAAAAUAGACAUUUAUUUUUAUAUAAUUGGUAACUAUUUCCCUAUAAACAAUAUAAUCCAUAAGCAAAAUCUAAAAUUGGAUGUUACAGUGUACUACCAAAAAUAUAAAUUGGAACUCCACCAUUAUAAACCAAAUCUACGCUUAUUAUUAUACUAUUUAUACAUCAAUAUUUAGUACAUAUUCAUUUAGUUUGAUUGCAGAAUAAUGUUUGGAUAAAAAAUCAUAAUAUUCAGGUAAUUAACAUUUGUUGGUGUAUAUGUUUAAAAAUAUACUAACUAUACUUAAUCAAUAAAAUAUGAAAAUGAACAACGCACACCAUAAAGUAACAUAAACAUGAAACGAUUUUAAUAAAAAUAUGGCGAAUAGGGCAGGCAUCAUAGCUUCGAUGCCUACCCUGGCUACGUUACUGGUUUUAUUAGGAUCUAGCCAUGACUUUUGAUUUCUGCAGUCAAAUGACAAUAAUAUCCGCUAAAAAAGUCAAAUAUUAGGACGAAAACCAUUCAUUUUUUAGCUACAAAUCAAUAAUAAUUUCAAUUGAAAGCUUAAUCAAACUUCAUUCAUCGCAGGAUUGUUUUUCGUUUUCAAUGGUUAAUCGUCGUAUAUAGUAUACAAGGGCACCCGCAGAGAGGAAGGGUAUGACCAAAGUUACGGUAAUUUAAAUAAAAUUUUGUUUUUUACAUUAUUAAUGGGUUUAAUUUUGAACUUCAACCCCCCCCCCCGGAUUUAUAUUUUUUUUUACGUCCUUGACGGUAUGUUAACUAAAUAUUUUAGUAAUAAGUAUAAGUAUCAUUCCUUUCCAACAGAGAAGGCCUUUAUUUUGCACAAAAAAAACCGCUCAGUUCAUAGUACUCUGUAGUCUGUAUAGACUGAUAUAAGUUUCACGGUUUCACCGAAAUCUUAAAAUAUCCUUUUUGUGUACAUAUCCAUAUCUGGUAUAAAUGAGUCCUAUGGUGAAACGGUAUGACGGUGAAAUAGCUUCAACGAAUUUGUAUUAUAUGUAUUUUAUAACAUAUGUUUAAAACAAGCGUUCUUGUGAAGGGCUAAAAAUAAGUUUAUAGAGGCUAAGCUCUCUCUAGUCAACUCUGCAGUUACUCCGGCAAACAGUGGUUAAAGUAGAAAGUUUCGAAGCGGGACUACAUCUAACGAAAAUGUAUAGGUGCGUUUUCGAAAACUAACUAAACCUUAAAAUCUAACCGCAAACUUGCAGGAAACCCAUCAUGGGAAACAAGACUUCCAAAAUGUUUUGCGCGCUUUUUUCAUAAAAACGUAUACAAAUAAAAUGCAUCCUUCCUAACCCCCCCCCCCCCCNUACGCCCCCCCAAAUAUGUUAUCCUUCGAACAUGUCUGCUCAGUAAACAUAAAGUAUAACAGAAUCUGAUUCCGUAUAAUCUUAUAUAGAUGUAAAAGAAUUUAUUUUUAAGAAAAUGAAUUCGAAUUUUUAAAAUUGCACCACAAAUUUUCCAGUGACAAUAACUACAGCGCCUCCCCCUCCCCCGGACCUUCGAAGACUUAAACUGAAAUAAACUGGUAAUUAUACCUUCGAUAAAAAGAAAGACAAAAGAAAAAAUAUCCCUUUUUUUCUAUUUUAACCACUGCCGGUAAAUGAUGGGCAUAAGAAAAAUAAAUACGAAAAUUCUAGUGGGUGGAAGCACUAGAAUGCCGUAGGGGAAUAUUGCAGUUAGAGUUGAAGUACGGGACCGCGAGAUGGCGGUAUCGUACUACAUAAACUGAUGGACAUGGUAAAAUGGUUUAUUGAUUUGAGACACUCUGUGGUACGCCCAAGAGCAGUGAGGAACUUAGAGCAGCAGCAGUAGCAGUUAAAACAUUAAACAGCGAACAGUUUUCUUUAUUGACUCCACUACUCGAGUGCCUCUUAGUGUUCUUUUUGGCGUAGGCCCGACACGAAAUACAAGCACCUCCAAAUGGCCACCGACGGCGUCAGGUGGUCUUGGUGUUUUCUGACCGUGUUCGCAACGAUAAGCUACUGCAGCACGAUCGCAUCCCCGUCCAACUGCGUGAACAAGUUCGACGUGCACGAUGAUAAGAUAAUACGGACGGAAGACUCAAAAAAGUUGGGCGCCAAGUUCAUCGAUUCGAUGGAACAACGCAACCGUCUCGAAUGCCUGGAACUGUGCUGUCAGACGGCCAGGUGUGACGUGUUCGUGUUCGAAGAAAAAGUAAAUAAUUGGAAUGAAUAAAAUAUAAUCACUAAAAUAUAUGGCCGUCGUUUCCGUGUUCGAUUCAGGCAAAUAUUUAUACGUCGCCAAAGUCAGCAGAACACGAUUUUGUUAUUAUUAUCCCAUAAAUGAGCUCUAAUUUAAUGCACUAUAGGUAUUUAAAAAUGUAUCGUAUGUAGGUAGAAACUUUGAAAAAAAGUUUCGUUAAUGAGUGCCAGACACUUAAAUACUAUAGGCACCUAAUUACUUUAAGAAAAAGUUGGUUCGGAUUCAAUAAUGAAUUAUAAUAAAUUUAAGUACCUAUUCAAGAUACAUAGGUUAUAUAAUUACUAAAAAAUUAGUAAUUGUUAUUAUUAGAUUAUGAAUAUAUUAUUUAGUCAAACAUUUAUAAUAAAAAAUCCAACCAUCUUUUAUUAUUUGAUAAUUCAACCAGAACUUCGGGAUAAUUGAAUAAUUUUUGUUUAUUGAAAUCAUAGUCAGGCCGUAUUAAUUUUUAAUUUUUUUUUUUUUCGUAGAUAAAAUAUAGAUACUGUAUAUUAUCUGUGUACAGUGUACACCCAAACAUUAAUAAUGUUAUAAAUAGUUGUUAUUUUGACAUCUCGUUGAACAGUUUAUAUUAAAAUAGCUAGGUUUAUAAAAUGAUUGUAAAUACAUAUUCUUACGAUUUAAAUGUGUACACAUUCGAGCAUUUAAUAGCUAAUUUACAAAACACUAAACACUUAAUAAUUAAAAUAUAAUUAUUAAAUUAUUAUUUAUUAUAUUUAUUUACUUCAAUACCUACUUCAUGUUCGAAGUGACUUGACAGAGUAACUUUGUAAUAAUAUUAAACAAUAAAUACUUAUAAUAUAAUAUUUAGUCAACAUUUUUUUUUUGCUCUGGGAGGGGGUGGAAUCCGAUCCCCCUUCCCCCUACCCCCGUUAGUAUGCCACUGAUUCGCAGUAAACCCAUGAUUUUUUUCAAAACAAUGUUGAAAGUAUACGACGUAUAUAUAUUAUGCUCUAUGGGAACAACAAUAAUAAUAUUGUUUAAUAUGGAGUUGUGAAAUUAAAUUACGCGUUAGUUUAAUAAUUACACAUUAUUGAUUUAUUUCUACACUACGCACAAUUUCUAUUUUUAUUAAAGUUAAUCUUAGGUUCAAUGCGUAUCGAGGAAUAUAUUGGUUCUAAAAUUAUUUUAAUUUUUUUUUUAUCUAUGAACAACUUUUUUAUCAGAAGUCUUGCUCCGAUUUUCAAAUGUAGAACCUUUUUUGAAAAAAAAUUAUAUUUGGAUGGUACUUUAGGAAAGUCAUUUUUUGAUUUUUUAUGUGGUUUUAAUUAAUUGAGAAAAAUGGGAAAAUGUACGUGUAUAUAUAAAAGAAACUUCGCUCCGAAUCAUUUUUAGCUAGCAAUGAUUCAUUAUUGCAUACAGUUAUAAUUUAAAUUCUACUCUAAAUCCUACUCUUACAACUUUUCACCUACAACAGUGCCCACCCAUCGUGUAAUGUGUGAAGUAGUCACUAGUUAGUCUUUUUACCCAUUAAAUUUAUAUACAAAAAUAUGUAUCAAUAAUGUUAAAGCUGCCGGGAACAUGCUAUCUGUUUGAAUGUGGAGCGUCGGAUGACUUUAAAUGCAAAUUCACUAGCCAUAAGAACUAUAGCAGUGCAGUAAUGACGUCAAAGCCAGCAACGGAAUUAGAAAACCAAAUAAAACUCACUCAAAACGAACACGAACACGAACUUACUCAGCUUAAGUAAGAAAAAAAAUAUAUAGGUAUAUUUCUCUUUGUAAAUCUAAAUAGUUUUAAUUUAAUUAUGUAGGAAGUUUACCUCUUCAAAAUCUCCUUCGUCAACCAUUUCGUCAAUUCCAUCGAUAAAUAAAGAAACAGAAAUAACCGUUCCGGCAUUGGAUAAACACUCUGAAAGUAAAAUUGAAUCUUUAUGUUUUACUAUUUUAUGAUAAUUUUAUAAAGUAAAACAAAUACUGUUCAUCAUUUGUUAAUCAUUUAAAUAAUGUUUUGAAAUUUGAAAGGAACCCGAUGUAGUAGAUACCAAUUUGAAUGUAAAACGUCUGGCGAGUGUAUAGCGAUUUAUAAUGCUUGUGAUGGAAUACCUCAAUGCAGUGACGGUAGCGACGAAGCUCUUGAAUUGGCUUGUCCAACUACUUCAAGUAAAAUUAAUUAUAAUCGAUUGAAGUAUAUUAUUAUAGAAUUAUGAUUUAUGCUACCGUAAAAUAUAUCAUUAUUAUUAUUAUUUUUUUUUUUUUAUGGACAGAUAAACAAAUACUAAUGAAAGAACCAAAUUAUGGAUUUAAAGAGAAUAAUUAUAACGUACAAACAUAUUCAAAUAAGCCAAUGGAUAUUACCGGACAACAAAUAAAUCAACCAAUGCAACAAUAUCAAUGGAAGAACCAACCACAAGUGUUUAGUAAGUCAUCUGUUCUAUGAAAAAUAUGGUACUUACCUAUAUUGUAAUAACCAGGGCUCGGAAGUAAUAUCACUAAAAAAUUAAUAUAACAAAUUAUACUAGAUAGCUGCUGCUCAGUUCAUCAUAAUACGAGAAUAUAAAAACGUUUAAACAGUAUACAACAUAUAAAACCAAGUAAUUUUAAAUUGUAAGUACAUAUAGUACGUGUUUUAUACGUUACUGUAUUAUACGUUCCAACCCUGCUAAAUAUGCUAAAAUUAACCAUACAGAAUUGAUAUAUGCAUAUAAAUAGCACUCAAAACUCAAAAUUAUCAAAAUGUCUCUAUAAGUCCUAAGUAAGUAAACAAUAAGCACCGACCAUUUUCGCAUAUUACAUCAAUGUAGUAUGAAAGAAAUUUGUUUCUUACUCAAAAUUCUAUAAGUGUCACCAAAAAUAAUACACAAAUGCUAAUACCUCCGAGCACUGGUAAUAAUUAAUAAGUAUAAAUACUCCAGUAUUAAUACAAUUAUGUAUUUUUAAGGUUCUAAUAAUCUAAAUUAUAACAACGUAAAAGGAGACAAUACGGCUGUAGGUAAUAAUUUUGCGCCCGCUCAAUAUGGUAGAGAAGGCGAAGGUCUCAAAUGGGCUGGUCAAGAUGCGACACACCAAAACUAUGGUCUGAUAUAUAAAAUAAGUAUGAUAUUAAAAACAAAUUUUAAUUUGAGUUAACUUUGUAGGAAGUAAUCGGAUAUUCACUCAUGUCAAUGGAGGAAUUUUGCCGGAAUACAAUCAGCGACAAAAUAAGUAAGAUAAAAAUAAAUAACUGAUCAAUUUUUACCUACACAAAAUAAAUAUUUAAAUACAUAUUAAUUUUUUUUUAAAUAUUGUACAUUUUCAAAUAAACAUUUAUAAUUCGAAUAUAUAUAUAUAUUAGUUAUAAAUAACUGUUAUUUGUAAACCAAACUCUAAAUGUAAUCAUACAAUUGUCGACUGGCGAUUAUAAAUAAAUAAAUGAAAUAAAUAUAUAAUAUAUAAUUUUAUAGUUUAUAACUGCAGAUGGAUAGCAUUUAAUGACUUGUAUUAAAGAGGAUAGAAAGCGAUGAUUUUCUGUCUUUUCUUACACACGCGCAACGUAGAAAUUUAAACAUGUUCCAUAAAAUUCAAAAUAGACUUUUCCAGAUGUUUGGUUUUGUUCUCCUACAACCUAAAAAGACAUAAUAGAAAAGAAGUAAUUUAAAAAUUGGAUAAUUUUAAUUUUUGGAGAAAUAAAAGCAAAAAUCAAAGAAUGGAAAAUUCGAUCUCAAAUAGAUUUGACGACAAAUUCAAAUCUGCUUUAAGAAUUGCUAUCGCUUUUAUUUUUGCUUCUCUAGAUUAAUCGGUACAUUGAAAAUAUAAUACGUCUACAUUUCUAUUUUGCACGUGUGUAAGACAAAGACAGAAAAUCAUCGCUUCCAAUCUUCUUAACCAAUAUUUUGUUUUUAUUCACAUUAACAUGGAUAUUAAUCAAUAAUAUUAUUUAUUAGUAGUUUUUUACAUGGUAAUUUUCAAAAAAAAUUAAAAAUCUUAUCUUGUUUAAAUCUAUUUUCAGUAUUCCAAAUAGAGGAUAUAUUGCAGAACCUGGAAUGGUUGAUCACAAUUACAAUCAUAAUACAAACAACGUGAAUCAUGAUUUCCAUCAUUUUAAUACAGGCAAAUUACCUAUAUACACCAUAAAAAAUUUACAUUUGACAUUAUAAAUUAUAAUGUUCCCAAUAUAUAGGUAGUAAAACUAUUUAUCAGAACCAGAAUAAUCCAGACUAUUACUACGAAGAUCCAAGACCUAAACUUGAACAAUCAAAUAUUAUUCCUCUACUCGUAUGUAUAAAAAUAUAUCAAUCAACUAGAAGCAAGAAUACAAGUUUAAUUGUUUCAGGGUAACGGUCAAAGGCCCGUUCAAAAUGAAAAAUCUGAAACGAUUAUAACUGAAAAACCAGUAGUUCAAAAGCAUUAUGUAAAUGUAACUACUACUCAAUCUACAACUACAGGUUGAAAGGAGCAUUAUUUUUAUUUUAAAUACUUGCAUGUGCAAUAUGUGCAAUUCGUAAUUAAAUUAAAAUUUUUAUAAUUAUGUGUUUUUAGAUUCAAGCUCUUAUCGAAAAAUGGAACAGCCACUGAGUGCGGACACGGUAGUUCGUGAAGCAUACUUUGAAAGUAAUGAUGAUGGAUAUGCUAUAAUGCCAAACGGAGCAAUAAUCUCUUUAGUUUUAGGCAAGUAAUUUAAAUACAUAUGUUCAUAUAAAAGAUGUGGUCGAAAAAAUGUCUUUCAAAUAAUCCAAAAAAAAACCCCACCUAACAGAAAAAUCAAUGAUAUCCAUUUAGACAUUUAGUAGAUAUCUACCAAAUAAAAAUUACAUAAAAAAACAAUCGAUUUUUUCAUUUCAAUCAAUUCAAUUUUUUUUAAAAAAAAAAUAAUAAAAUGUCUAUGAAUAACACAGAAAUUGCAAAAUAUUUUGAAAAUUUGAUCACAUUUAGAAAAGACAAAUACAAAACUUGAAGUCUCUAUGAAUAAAAUUAAUUAAUUAAUUGAAUAUAACAAAAUUUAAAACAACAAAACAUUUAUUUCCGUAAACUUUCCCGUUCGUUUCCGGUUUUAUUCAAUUACUAAAAGAAAACUUGGAAAAUCAAAAAACAAAUUACUCAUUGAUAAUAUAAUAAUUUAAUAAUCCCACGAAUAAAGACUUAUUUUAUAUUUUUAUCUUAUCAGGUAUUAUGGCAACGAGUAUAAUGAUAAUUGUUAUCGGAUGUCGACUAAAAGUGAUGCGCAAUCGUUAUCGAAAAGGAGGAAAACAGUCAUAUGCUCAUGAUGCGGACUUUUUAAUUAAUGGAAUGUACCUAUAAAAUAAAAAAUAAAAUAUUGGAAAUGCAUAUUGUGAUUAAUGAACAUAUUUUUCUAAAUA